AUGGCUUCAAGACCCGUUUCCCGUGCUCUCCGCCAGACUGCCAGGCAAUUGGCUGCUGCUCCAGCCCAGAAGCGCACCUUCGUCUCUGCUGUGCGCGCUGGCGUCACCGCUGCCCCCAAGGCGGCUGUGACCUCUCAGUUCCAGCAGACCCGUGGUGUCAAGACAAUUGACUUUGCCGGCACCAAGGAGACUGUUUACGGUAGAGCGUGCCGAUUGGACCAAGAGAAGCUUCUUGAGUACUUCAAGAACGACACCCUUGCCCUCAUCGGCUAUGGCUCCCAGGGCCACGGCCAGGGUCUCAACAUGCGCGACAACGGCCUCAACGUCAUUGUCGGUGUACGAGAGAACGGCCAGUCCUGGAAGGAGGCUCUCGACGACGGCUGGGUCCCCGGAAAGAACCUGUUCGGCAUUGAUGAGGCCAUUGGCAAGUCCACCGUUGUCAUGAACCUUCUCUCCGAUGCUGCUCAGUCCGAGACCUGGCCUCAGAUCAAGCCCCAGCUGAAGGGCAAGACGCUCUACUUCUCUCACGGUUUCUCCCCCGUCUUCAAGGACCUUACCAAGGUCGACGUCCCCACCGACAUCGACGUCAUCCUCGUUGCCCCCAAGGGUUCCGGCCGUACUGUCCGCUCCCUCUUCCGUGAGGGCCGUGGUAUCAACUCCUCCAUUGCCGUCUUCCAAGACGUCACCGGCAAGGCCAAGGAGAAGGCCGUUGCCCUCGGUGUUGCCGUUGGCUCCGAGAUACAUGUACGAAACCACAUUCCAGAAGGAGGUCUACUCCGACCCUCUACGAGUGAGCGUGGUUGCUUGAUGGGUGGUAUCCACGGCAUGUUCCUUGCUCAGUACGAGGUUCUCCCCUCAUCUGAGGCUUUCAACGAGACCGUUGAGGAGGCUACCCAGUCUCUGUACCCCUUGAUCGGAGCACACGGCAUGGACUACAUGUACGCUGCCUGCUCUACCACCGCCCGUCGUGGUGCCAUCGACUGGAGCAAGCGCUUCAAGGACGCCCUCAAGCCCGUCUUUGACGACCUCUACACCUCCGUCGAGAACGGCAGCGAGACCAAGCGCUCGCUCGAGUACAACUCGCAGCCCGACUACCGCGAGAAGUACAACGAGGAGCUCAAGGAGAUUGACGACCUUGAGAUCUGGCGUGCCGGAAAGGCCGUCCGCUCCCUCCGCCCCGAGAACGCAAAAUAGGUGUUGCGUACAGUAAUGACCUAAUGGAAGAUGAAAGAGGGCAAUGUGUAGAUAUCUUGUCUUAUAUUCGGAUCUUUGGCGUCGGCGCGCUUGCUUCAUCAAUGGGCGGAUUGGGAUCCAAAGAGAAGGAAAAAAGCUCGUAGGCUAAAAGCAAAUGAUACCUUUUCAUGAC